AUGCCAUUGGGUUUGCUGCGCACACGGGCUGUCUUUGGUGCUGGAAGAAGUUUCAUUCGCCCUAAUUAUGCGCCAUGGACAGUGACCCGGAUCCGCCUCUAUGGCUCCCAAGACCUCAGCCCUGGCGGUCCUCCUCAGCCCGGCCAGGAGACUCCAGAGAUGCCAGAAAGGGAUUCCAGGUCUGAUGAACCCACUUUAAGGUCUACGCUUCUGCGGAUGUUUGAGUCUGCAGCAACCACGUUCGCUUCAAUCGCUGUAUUAGGUCUUGCCGGCUAUUCUUACUACAAGUAUUAUAAAUAUUUAGUACUUAAGAAAAUGGAUAACGCAUUCAAUCCCGGAGACCCUGUGCUGGAAGUCGCCGGUGUAGCCCCGUCAAUGGGAACGGAGGGAAGCGACACAACGCAUUGGAUUCAGCGUGAAGAGCAAACUAGAGUCGAUGAAAUAAUCAAUGGCACUACCAAAGGCCGCUAUUUUCUCCUGAUCGGAGAGAAAGGGACCGGGAAAAGCUCCAUGAUCCUUGACGCCAUGCGAAAGAUCGAUGGCGCCGGAGUUGCCAUGUUCGAGGCCCAUGCAGACCUUGAAAUCUUUCGGGUUCGAUUAGGAAAGGCCCUGGAUUUUGAGUACCAUGAAGACUACAUAGGCAGCCUUUUCAGUAUUCGGGGACCACGUGAUACAACUGCGCUGCUCGAUAUUGAGCGGGCCCUUAAUAAAUUAGAAAAAGUUGCAUUACGGAGAAGGAGAAAGAGCAAAACGCCCUUGAUCCUGAUAGUCAAUAGCACCCAUUUGGUCAGUGACGACGAGGAUGGGCGCGAUCUUCUAGAGAUGCUCCAGCAGCGAGCAGAGCAAUGGGCUGCAAGCAAUCUUAUAACAAUAGUCUUCAAUAGCGAUGAUUACUGGGUUUAUGAGCGCCUCAAGCGCUAUGCUUCUCGAAUGGAAGUUAUCCCAGUCCCGGACCUUCCAAAAGACAAAGCAAUGAGAGCGCUUUACCAGUUCCGCGCAAAGUACCUCAAUGAAACUACUCCGAAGGAAAUAUUGGAAGAAAUAUACGACAAAGUUGGUGGAAGGCUAACAUUUUUGAACCGAGUUGCCAAGGCCACAGACAUGAUCGCGGCCUGCGACGCGAUUUGCCAAGCCGAGAAGACAUGGUUCUUGAACAAAUGCUGGAUUUUGGGAGAGGAAAUGGACGACGACGUAAUGGAUGAACAAAAAUAUUCCUCUGCCGCUAUGGUUCUCGCCAAAGCCCUUGUUGAUUUGGAAAAGGAUAUGGAAUCCACCUAUGACCCCGAAAAAGGUCACAUACUUCCCGAACUCCCACUUCACAAAGCACGGCAAGUGAUGACUAGAGCCGAUUUUAUCCAAAGCUACGACCACGACAAUAUAUUUACGAUCGACUCCAGGGCAAUGGUGCGGGCAGAUUCUGUUCCGAUGCAGCGCGCAUUUCGAGAGAUCUGCUCCGAGCCUGGAUUCGAAGAGCACCUCGAAGCUACCCUGGAUCGCAUCUCCGACAUCGAGAGCUUGGGCAGAACUCGUGAAGUCACUGUAAAAGAUUUCUGGCACGGCGGCAAGUUCAAAGCUAUCAUGCGUGAUCGCAAGGGAAGAGAGACUGGUACAUUGGAAAUUGGCGUGGUUAAACCUGAGGGGGAGGAUGAUGAUGGUGAUGAUUGAUCGAGCCUGUGACAAACGUUUUUCCUUCGUCCUUUCUUCUGUCAUCUGAUGGAGGACCUGUAUGCUUGUUAUUCACUAAGCUAGUAUGCAAGUUCACAUGCCCAGCAAGUUCUGCA